GACGCGCAAGCAAUUCCUUUUGAUCAAUAAGUUGAAUGAAAACUCACUGUCCCCAAUACCUCCUUCUGUGUCAAACAUCUUUACUCCAUCUCUUGUGAGGAAGAAACAUCAAAGUUGUCGCAAUUGCUUUAACACGAUUGAUUCCCCAGCCGCAUACAUUCCACAGCGAGAGCGCAGAUACGGAUACGAUACCCACACAUCUUACUUAUCGAUACCAUCCAUAGUCUUUCGAGCUUUGGAAGUUCUAUUUAGACAGUUGCUAGUAGUUUCCACGAUCAAACCCUUUGGAAGGCCUUGGGGAGGAGCUCGAUUGCGUCCUUCUACAAAACUGAAAGCUGUAUAAGACAAUUUGAAAAGCAGAGCUGUGGUUGGAUGCUGUUAUCGACUUGUUUUGAAUUGCUUAUGACCUCAUGGUUCUCUGAUACCGAUAUUUGAGGAAUCCAAGAUAUCAAUCUUACCCCGGAUAUUCAUUCGACAGGAACAAAGCUUCGUCCCGCUCCAAAUAAUACCUCUUGCCAUACAAAAAUCGUCAUUCACGAUGGUCACUCGAAAGCCCGUUCCCCAAUCUAGCAUCCCUUCCAACAACACCUCAUUGCCGCCAUACCCCAUAUCCCCAGUUUCUUCCGAUCCACAUCAUAUUUCACACCCCGAAAGGAACCACAAUGCGAUUUAUGAUAGCUCUACAAAUGACCUAGAGCCUAAUGUUUGGAAUGAAGAGGAGCAUUCUCAUCCUGAUCCCAAAAGCCUACCUAACGCUUUAAGAGUUGGCCCAUCGACAAUCCCUCCCAGGCCUUCUCAGGAUAUGUUAAAACCCAGUCCCUCAACCACGAACCCAUUUUUAAGGAGGCAGCAAUCGCAGAGUUCGCAAAGUGCAGCAUCCGAUGGGAAGGAAAGUAGCGCAGAUAUCUGGAAUGAGCUCACAGAGAAACCCACACAGCCGGCUUAUCCACCCCCUCCUCCUCCUGUAUCUCAAGUAACUCAACAAUUUUCGACCAUGGGAGUGUCUGGCCAAGACACGAACCCUUGGCAACCCACCGCGAACGAAAAGCCGCCAUUACAAACACCCAGUCUUCAACGCGAAGAUUCGGGAAACGAAGCCUGGUCAGGCGCAAAUCCUCCAAAUAUCGUUACCUCUUCUGGCUUGUCUCAAAAUUCGCAACAUCCAGUUUUAGUAGAUAUUGAUGAACCUGAAUCUCCAGCAUGGGAUGAGGAUGAUUAUGACGAUGGUGAAGAGGAAGAAGGAACGCCAGUCAGCCCCAAGAAGUCUACGCUACCUACGCACGAAACGCAGGAGAUACUAGAAGACCAACAUGCAUGGGAUUCUACUCCUGGUCAAAGUUCGGAUCAAUCGCAAACAAUGCCAGUUCAGUCCUCUGGAAAUACACAAUAUUCGAACCCUCCUACGGAAGGGUGGAAUUUGAUUGAUCAUGAUCCUAUACCGGGGAAUUUUCAGCAAAGCGGAGUAGUCGGAGCAGAUGGCACAGAGAUUUCCAGAAUGACCCCUGAAGAAGUUGCUCCAGCACUUCCACCGCGAAACUCUCAAGAACAUCCUCCUCCUCAGCCUCCGCGGCCAGUCUUAGUCGCGACAAACACAAGUACAACACCGGCUAUGACACCUGAUUUAUCAGCGGCUGCUCUAAGACAGAAGAAAGAGACGUACGAGAUCAAAAAAAUAUCUUGGCAUGACAUCAACGCCCAACACAACCCCAGAAUUUCACCUGUUCUAGUGCAAAAUGCAAAUGGACCUUGCCCUCUGUUGGCUCUUGUGAAUGCUCUGACUUUAUCGACACCCGCAAAUGUGGAAACUGCUUUAGUGGAGACACUCCGGUCGCGAGAGCAGGUAAGCCUCGGGUUACUGCUUGAUGCAGUUUUUGAUGAACUCAUGUCCGGGCGACGUGGAGAUGCUGCACAAGAGCUUCCAGACGUGGGUGAUCUCUAUUCCUUUCUCCUAACGCUUCAUACGGGAAUGAACGUGAACCCUCUCUUCUUUCCUGUUGAUCCUAUCCUAUCAGUGAAUGAUCCCAGGAACUCAAUGCCACACAUUCAUCCUGCGCAGCGUGAGAGCUCACUUCCAGGCACAUUUGAGGAGACUCGUGAAAUGAAAUUAUAUGGUACUUUCUCUGUGCCUUUGAUUCAUGGUUGGCUCCCCGAGGAAGAAUCGCCUGCAUACAUGGCACUCAAAAGAUCCGCCAAGUCGUAUGAAGAUGCACAGAACUUGAUGUUCCAUGAAGAGGUAUUGGAAGAGAAGUUAGCCGCUGAAGGCCUCAGUUUCGAGGAACAAGGGAUUCUAGAGGACAUUUCGACUAUAAAAGCGUUUUUUAUCUCCGCAGCAACUCAGCUUACAGCUCAUGGCUUAGAUCUCAUAACUAAAUCUAUGAGUCCAGGUGCUGUAGCCAUUCUAUUUCGAAAUGACCACUUCUCCACAAUCUUCAAACACCCCACAACACUUCAACUAUUGCAGCUCGUGACAGAUUCUGGUUAUGCAGGACAUGCAGAAGUUGUAUGGGAAGGCCUUAUUGAUGUUAAUGGAGAAAGGGCCGAGUUCUAUUCUGGUGACUUUCGUUUAGUCGGCGGAUCCUCUACAUUACACCAGGGAAAUGAAGAAGGCAACUGGACCACAGUCACUGGUCGUAGAAAUAAUAACCGUGUUGAAAAUUCACAUGAUGCACCAUUAGGGAAUCAACAAGAAUCGCAGAAUCACGAGCAAGGUACGAAUGCAGAACAGGAGGAUCACGAUUUUGCCUUAGCACUGCAACUACAGGAAGAAGAGGACGAGCGGAACCGAAAUGAGACCGCCCGAAGGCGAAGAGAAUCAGAGCUCUCACAGCAGUACAUCGAGCAACAGGGUAGUAGCAACGACACUGGUAAUGCCCCUGUCAGUCAGCGAGGCGGCAAUGGACGAGGUAGUACCAGAGGCCGUGGAGUCAAUGUACCAGUUCGAGGAGGGUCAAUUCGUGGUAGUGCUAGUACCCGAGGUCGUCCCGCGAUUCCACCUCGCAACAAUAAUGUUGCCACUCCUGCCGCCGACCCAGAAGCAGGCAUCGAUGCACCGCCUCCUACAUACGAGCAAGCCGCUACUGAACCGGCUUACCAACCUCCAGAUAAUCAUCCUGCACAUCCAAACGCAGAUCCAAGUCGGAGAACAAGUGCUUACACGGCAACCGCUAAUAGUCAACAACGUCCUCCAGCUAAUGCCGCAGGUCGCCGUAAUACGACUUCCCAUAGUGGCAUUGGAAGGGGCAGUCAGACACUCAUAGAUCAGGUUCCUGGGCGCAGGAUCCAAGCCCCAAAUCAAGGGCUACCGAACUCCCAGCAGCCAGAAAGGCAGAAGGAUUGUAUUGUUAUGUGAUUAUUGCGUUUUAUGAAUAUAUGGCAACGAUGGAUAUGCAAUUGGGGCACAUUAGUUGAGCGGAAUUUGAAGCUAGGCGUUUAGGCAAUGGGUAUAUUGAUUUAUAAGAAGAAACAUAUCACGAGCUACGGUCGAUGAGGGGACUUUUCAUCAUGUACUCAUACGCUUUUUUCAAAUGGUUAAUUUGCGGGCGAUAAAUAGGAGGAUAGACUUGGAGGGUGGUUUGGUGGUUAAUAAUCAAUUUAUUAGUAUACUUUGAAAUUUAUGGACUUCAUUUUAUGGCAGUAUGCCUCUCUCCUGUUCAGACCAUAUCUUUAAUUGAUCGAGAUUGGCAAAUCAGACGUAUUCCUUCCA